AUGGCUGUCCCAGACCCAACCACUCCCCGUCGUCGCUCCAGUCGCUUUCAACCCGUCGUCACCCCAUCUCGUCACCACGAUUCCUCUGAUGCUCAUGGUUCAUCAGUAUACGAUGUUCGCCUCGAUAGACCAUACCACACGCGCGUCGUUCGCCCCUCUGAUCUUCCCGGUGGUGCGGAGUGGGACGAAGACAAGUAUCAAGGGUAUCAUGUCGAGUUCUGCACAGAAGCGAGGCGGAGAAAGCAACAGAGGAACAAACCAAACUCCACUGUUCAGCUCAGGAAUGCGAGUGCGCAUGCCCAGGGCUGGGACUUGGACUCGGAUGACGAACAUAGAGUGGAAAUGGAAGUCAAAGAGGACCUCGAAGGUGAUGAUACACCAAGGAAGACACGGCUUAGUGCCCGUGUGCGACGCAAGGAUGAGGGAAGGAAGGAGAUUGAAGGCGAGCUGGAGACGUUCCGGGUAGGCGACACUGUCCUCGUUGAGACGGCUCACAAGCUUCCGAGCAUUGCGGUCAUCACUUCCAUCUGGGCACUCAUAAAUCCCAGCCGACCGAAGGAGAAGGACGUAGUGAUCAAACUACAUUGGUUUCUCCGACCGAUGCAACUCCCAACAGUGCGCGCAAAGCGCAUACACGAGCCCGCUCCCAACGAAGUCUACUUCACGCUCUCAGCAACUGCAUCCGUCUCCCCGUCCUCUCUCCUCACCCACUGCAUCGUCUCCGCCAGCCCUCCUCCCUCUAAACCAUCCAAACCGACCUCAUCACGCGUGCCCAGAAAACCCCAGGACAAGCCCGAUGAAUACUUCUGCCAAUUCGCAGUCGACAACACCCGCGGCCUCUUUUACACCUUCGACUGGGAUGCGCAUCGUGCGCACGCGCUCGUUGCCGCAUUGGCACACGGAAAGACUGAAAAGGCGGAAGAGGAAGGCACGGAGGAGAGGACGAACGGGAGUCGCUGGUCCGUGGAGGUGAAGACGGUCAGACCGCGCCGGCCGCGGGAUGAGGCGGGGGCGAGGUCGCUGAGUCGGAGUCCGGGCCCGCGUAAACGAAGACGGCUGAACACGAUCAAGGAGGCGGAUGAGGAUGCAUAUGGCAGCGAGCAAGGAGACGGGGCGGAGAGUGAGGCGCCCACCGAAUCAGACGUUGCACCUUCAGACUCGGAAGACGACGACGAAGCCGAAGUAGAUGAAGAACAGGAAGAUGAUGACGACGAUCUAGACCUGCUCAGGACCCCAUCCAAGCGAAAACGCAGCCGCCCCCCAUCCUCACCCACCAAACGCACGCCCUCCAAGACCAAGACCAGCACCACCCCGAAGAGCACCCCACGCACCCCCCGCAAGUCACGCACACACAUCGCCGCGCCCACUCCAUACUCCAAGGCUGCCCUGCGCGCCCGCGCCCGUGCACAGGGGCAGGGACGGAAACACCGCGAGCGCGACCCGGGCGAUGCGCGCGGCGCGCAGGGCUAUUAUACCGCAGCGGAUCUGUCGAAUGUUCCGCCGGACCCGUGGCUGAGAGCGCAGCAGGCGCUGCAUGUCGCUGCUCGGCCGGGGGCGUUGCCGUGCCGCGAUGAAGAGUUUGGCAAGAUUAUGAGGGCGGUGGAGGGGUUGGUUGAGGAGGGGAGCGGGGGAUGUGUUUAUAUAUCGGGUGUACCUGGGACAGGCAAGACUGCGACUGUGCAUGCGGUCGUUCGAGAGCUGAAGCGGCGGGCUGAGAACAACGAAUCCAACCCAUUCACCUACGUUGAAAUCAACGGCCUCCGCGUGCCCGAGCCAGCAGCCGCAUACACCCAGCUCUGGACGACGUUAUCCGCCGACUCGGACGCAUCCACGCGCAUCUCCUCGAAAGAGGCGCUCAAGCGCCUGCACCGGCACUUUGCGGCUGGCGGCGCGGCCGGCCCGCGGUGUGCGACGGUCGUGCUGAUGGACGAGCUCGACCAGCUCGUGACGGCGAAGCAGGAUGUUGUGUACAAUUUCUUCAAUUGGCCGACGAUCGCGGGGAGCAAGCUUGUGGUGCUGGCUGUGGCAAACACGAUGGAUCUGCCAGAGAGGGUUAUGAGUGGGAGAGUGAGGUCGCGGCUGGGCAUGUCCCGCAUCAACUUCCAGCCCUACAAACGCGAGCAGCUCGUCUCCAUCAUCGAGUCGCGGCUCGCGCUUGCCGCGGCUUCCCUCACCGACGCCAAGGAUGCAUCUCUCUCAACCACCGCUGUACUCUCCGCCGACGCCAUCCGCUUCGCCUCAUCCAAGACCGCCUCAAUCUCGGGCGACGCCCGGCGAGUGCUCGACGUGUGCCGGCGCGCGGUCGAGCUCGCCGCGCAGGACCGGCGGUGCGCGAGCAUGAACGACAUCACAGAGGUCGUCAAGGCGAUGCAGGGGAGCGCGACCGCGCUGUGGAUGAAGGGGUGCAGCUUGCACGAGCGGCUUGUGCUCGCUGCGAUCGUAAGGGUGGUGAAGAACGAGGGGGUGGAGGAGGUUCCGUGGGCGGAGGUUCGGCGACAGCAUGCGCUCUAUGUCGACGCGCUUAUUGCGGACAAUGAGCCUGCGUACAAGCCGUCUGCAGGAGAACUCGGCAUCGUGCUCGAUGGUCUACUCGCGACACGAGCAGUGCUCCUGGAGGACGAGGCUCCUGGCGGUGUCUUCCGGGCGAUGGGCGAGCGGCGGGUCGUGCUUAACAUUGAGCAAGGCGAGGUGGAGAGGGUUCUGGGUGACGUUGGGGGACAGAGAUGGAAGAAUGCACUGGGUGGUUAG